AUGUCCGAACCACUCACCAAGGUCGAUUCCGCCGUUGCAGGUCUCACUCCUGCUGAGGCAAAGAAGGCCAAACGUGUCACUCAAGACACCGGGGUUAUGAACAUCAAUGACCUUGAAAAGGAAGGAAUUGAACUGCAGAUUGCUCCAGAGACACAGAAAUUAAACUGGAAGCUCAACACGUCGCCCGCAAGCUUGGAUGAGAAAGACACCCUCAAGAAAUUACUCACAACGCCUCCUGUCAAAAAGAUUGACCUUCACUUCCCUCUCGGACUCCAAGUUACUGCACGAAAUCUAAAAGGCGUCACAAUCAAGGAUGCAUUGGAUGCGAUAUACAAGCAAUUCAAGAAGAAGGCUGAUGAUGAACUCGACAACCCUAUCCUCGCUGGUUUUGAAUGGGACAAGGAAGAGUCAUGGACAAGGCUGAUCGUACAUCAGAAGAAGGAAGGCGCCCCAGUAAGCAAAAAGGCUAAGAAGAAGGGUGAAGCCUAG